AUGGCGAUAAGCUUGAUGCGAACUUGCUCAAAAGAAACUCACCAGAAGUUCAAAAACGAUGUUCUGAGUUGGCCUGAAGCUCAGAAACAGCAACUCUUAGAUCAAGGCGUUGAUCCUAUCUUUUACCGCUUCCAAAAACAUGCCAGAGUGCUCUAUUGUAAGGGCAGCGUUGAUGGAAUGACGGAAGGAGUAGACGCAAGCAUAUCGAAAGAGUUGCCACAGGACCUCUCUGGAGAAGAUGAAGUAGUUCUAGGCAGGGAUCUGCUCAGCCUGCCCGAUAUCAACAUUGACGGAGAAGAACAUUCCUUCUAUAAAGAAGAUCUUGAGUAUGAUUGGGCUAAUUUUGACACCCUUAUACGAGGAGGUUCACAGGAUUUCCACGCUCCAAAUGAAGCCGCAUGUGAUCAGGUGCAGGACGGCUCUGAAAAGUCUCGGCCUUCCCAUCUUCUCAGAGAACAGUCGCCUGACUCGUCCGAUUAUUAUCUAAAAAGACAGCCUCAUCAAUCAGUCGACUUGGACGGGAAUGCGAACCCCAGCUCAAGUCAUGAUCCUCGUACUUUGUCUCGUUCAAAUACCCCAUUGCUUAAUUUUGACGAUGUUGAUUUCUUCGACUCCUCACAAUGGGACCGCAGAAUCCCUCAGUCUACAUUGGUACAGGAUGGGGAAUUAACACAUCUCGGGAAGCACUCAUUCGAUAGCACCUCCCUUCCCUGGCCCAAAGACUAUUCACCUCAUCCAUUGGAUCAGGGCCCAUCCUCUAUGCUCAACCUCUCUUCGUAUUCCUAA